AUGCCGAAUGGUGAAGUAACACUGGUCCUUAGUGACUGGACUAAGGACAAGAACGGGGACAAGCACGAGCUCCCUGGCGUUUCGAUGGAAUCUACAAUUCUCAAUAUCAAGAAGUUGGUGCUCAAGGAGCUAUCAAUGGGCAGCAGAGAACCAGAAUCUAUUCUUUUAUAUAUGGGCACGGUGCAUCUUGAGAACGAAAAACUGCUCAAGGAAUUCAACAAGUCCAAUCGAUCGAAGCUUUCAGUGAAUGUGUAUGAUCGAGUCGACCUGAAUCUUCGUGUAAAAACGCUUCAGCAUUGUGGAAGUGGUGGAUGCGUCUGCGUCCCGCUUUGGUCCUUCCUCUGUCGCCAAACCAUAAAUAUUAAGAUUUCGGACUACAAGAGCGUUCGAGACCUCAAAGAACUGAUCGCUGACGAGUUGAACGACCCAGACAGGUAUACCGCAGCAAAUAUCAAGCUGACUUUCAGUGGGAGCAUGCUUUUCGACGACAGCCAAAGCCUGAAGGACGUAGGCUUGAAGAAUAACAGUACUCUGACACUAUUCGUGGACUGCUUGUACUGGAAGAAGUCCGCAAAGGGCAGUGGGGAAGGUGCUGCGAACAAGCCACAAGGAGCCGCUGCACCCGGCGAACAACGCGACUGUGUGGGCGCACCCAGUGAAGAAGCCGAAAGUAAGAAGGAAGAGAGAGAACAAGGCGCUCCCGAGGGGUCUCAAGACACUCCAAAGGCGUCCAUGUCUCUUGGGUCACCCCAAGCAUGA